UGUUAACUAGUUAAGUAAAUAGGUUAAUUUCGAUUUAAUAUUUUUUAUAUCUUGGGGGUUUUUUUGCGUUUAGGCGGGAUUUGAACAGCUUUUGGGCUGCGGAAAAGUCAGCCAUAUCUGGCAACACUGACGGUAUGUCAGGAAGGCAGCAGAAAUACAAACACAGCCAGUCCUCCAAACACUAGGACACAGAUCACCCGGAAGAUUACACGCAAGUCUCCUGCAAUCGGUAGGAAACUCGAUAGUUGGGAUAUCAAUAAUUGAAUAAAACAAAAAUCGCCGUUGGAAGCAUUACAACUCAGAACUGAAACUUCAAAAAAUUAAUCAUGGCACAUAUGUUCAAUAUCUCUGACGAUUCAGAGACAGAAACAAUGGAAGACAGUGAAGACUCGAGCCUGAAUAAACACAACUGUGGGUCGAAACAGAAAAAGCAGCACCUCACUGUGCCUGAUAGGCUGAAAGGAGAGCAACUGGGCAGACAGAGGAACCUCUCUAUGAAUGAGGAGGACUUGCUGGAGACUGGAGUUGCAGAAGAUCCUCAUAUGCUUGGGGAUCCUUUCAGGCCGAGAUCCCGCUCAGCUCCUCCUGCUUUGUGGGCAGCUAAGAAAUACGGCCAACAGCUGAGAAGAAUGAGUGAUGAGUUUGAUAAAGGGAUGAAGAGAGUAAAAAGUGCAGGAACUGCGCGUCAGAUGAGUCAAUCGCCCAGCUGGUUGGCCUUUCUUUGGAGUCACAAAGAGUCUGAUGCUGAGUCGCGCCCUGCAGAGUGACUGACAGUGAGUGAAUGAUAGAUGAAGAACGAAAAGAGAACUACUGUACAUAACAAUUGAUGGCAGAAAAUAAGGGUGCGCUGCUUUGAAGAGAAGGAAUAAUUCCACUGACUGGUUCUAAAGUCAGGAGCUGCACUGGGACCCUUGACUAUUGAAUAAGGCAUGAUCUGUUUCUCACUGGCAAGUGCAAUGGCCACGAAGACAACAAAAUGGAGUUUCCCAGGCUCUGGGAUUGUUAUGCAGUAAACUUUAUAAAUGUGAACGUAAACUUGCGCAAAGCACAGACUUUGUCACUCUCCCGUAUCGGUUUUGAGAUGAAAUGUUUUAACAAAUGAACGUCAGAAACAUUAGAUAUCAUAUCUAACCAUACUGUUAGACAGUCAGCUGUACAAAAUCUGGUUUUACUGUGAAGGACCUUUGGCCACUUCGAAGGCCCAGAGUUAUCAUCAUCUCAGAGUCAUAAAAAUGUCUUGGAAUUGUCCACACAAACAACAACACCAAUAAGCACAAGAGCCCAGAAACAAAGAUGGGUCUAAAUAUCCAAGAUUGUAAGAACGGGGGACACCAUCGUUGCUGGUAUUACUUGAAAAUGACAGAUUUUAAAUGCCUUGUAACUUUUUAUGAAUUAAGACAAUUAUUUUACUGUGAUGUUAUUUUUCUAUUGUUUGUAACCAAUAUAUUCUAAUAAAAACCUAAUAAACUA